UUUCUUAGAUUCUUGUGUUGUUUCAUAUGCGUUUCAAGUUAAACUAAUAAACGAAUUUACGUUAUAAAAUGAAUGCGAGACCUGCUGGAUUUUCUGAUGAUGAAUGCGACGACUGCGAGGGCUUUUCGUUCCCUGAUGAUCAUCUCCCGGACAUUCCAGUGCAAGUGUCAAAUGUCAUGAAGUCCACUGCCACGAACUUACAAACUUCCAAUGCUCAUAAAGGGAAUGUUUGCCAGGAUGCACAUGAACUGGACUUUACUCUGAUGAAUGCUUGCAUAGCUGGACAGAUUGAAGUUAUUGAUGAAUAUGCUCACUUACACAACAUAAAUGAUUUCCUAUACACUGGAUGGAGUCCACUCUUAUAUGCUUGUGCAUCGGUUCAACCAGAUAUCGUUGAAUAUUUACUAUCAUUAGGAGCAGAUCCCAAUAAACACAAAGAUGGCUUCACACCACUUAUGGCUUUAUGCAAUUCAAUAAAGGGAGCUAAAGAAAAAUGUUUAUGCUGCCUGUCCCUUUUAAUUGAAGCAAGGGCUAAUGUGGAUGCAACUGGCAAGCAACGAGAAACUGCUCUAAUGUACGCUUGCAAGAUGAGAGAACCAGAAGUAAUAGAAGAAUUAUUAAAACAUGUAAAAGAUAUUGAUGCGUGUGAUAGCGAAGAACAUACUGCUUUAUUCUAUGCUGUUAUUGCUAACAGAGUAGAGGUAGUACAACUUCUGCUGGAACAUAAAGCUAAUCCAGCACAUAGGGAUCGACGUAAUCAAACAAUCAGAGAUAUUGCAAUGGCCAAAGAAUUUGGAAAGAUAUUGUCUCUAUUGGGUAUAGAAGAGGAAACCUUUGAUAAUUACGAAUCUAAAAAAAUACUUGGUUGGCGCGAUAUGUUUCCUUCGCUAUGUGCUAAGGAUGAGGAAACUGUAAACCUUGAUAUUUCUGGAAUCUUAUACGGAAUGGGCUUACGACAAUAUAAGAAACUAUUUUGCGGGAUGGAUCUGAGAACUUUUCUGCAACUAAACGAAGAUGAUUUGAUUCGGUUGGGAAUGGAUAUCAGUUGUCACAGAAAACGUUUUAUAGAAGAUCUGCAGAAGUUUCAUGUGAAAAAAUGGAGUGUGCAAAGCAUUGGGACUAUCAAAAAGUCUUUACCAUACACAAUCUACGAUGGCGUUGUAUCACUCGGCAAUGUGGCCAGGCAAAUAAAUGUCAUUGGUUCAAGCUUCCAAUAUAUCAAAAAUGGUUUACAAAGAGUUAAAGGGAACAAUGCCAUCAUUGCGAAUGAGAAAUUGGAUUACAAUGAGAAUCUUCGAAAGACACAGGAAACCCUGAAAAUAUUGAAAAAAGAGAUUCACCAAGUAACGACUCUAGCCGAUAAGAUUGCCAAAGAGAAUAAUUUAGGAGUACCUGCAACGUAUAUUUCCAAGAAAAAGAAAAGGUACAAUUGGACUAUAAUUUUGAGUGUAACUUUAAUGGCGGGAAUGUACUUAUCGAAGACAACUCACAUACAGAAGUUAUGGAAUGAGUAACGAGGCCAUUCUAAAACACAAGAUUUUCUAUUGGGUUUAUCAAGCUAUUCCGUUAUCGUGAUUUACUAUUUUCUAUGUAAUAUUAGUUUUAUUGUGCCAUUCCAGGGAUAUAUGCUUAAGUCAAUGUGAUACUUUCUUGUAGCUGCUUUAUAUUAAAAGGAAUAAAUAAGAUAUUUAAGAAAUA